UGUUCUUCGAUACAACAACCUUUGACAUCACCACCACGACCACCACGACAGAGAUAGAGAUCUAACGAACAACUAUAAGCAGUAACCACAAUGUUUUUGACGAGGUCUGAAUAUGAUCGAGGUGUAAACACCUUUUCUCCCGAGGGUCGACUGUACCAAGUCGAAUACGCUAUGGAGGCCAUCAAACUCGGUUCUACUACCGUUGGUAUCACAACCCCUCACGGGACCAUCCUCGCCGUCGAGAAACGCGUCCAAUCCACCCUGCUCGAAACCUCUUCCAUCGAAAAGAUCAUGGAGAUCGAUUCCCACAUCGGGUGCGCCAUGUCCGGCUUGACGGCCGACGCUAGGACCAUGGUGGAACAUGCGAGGAUGACGGGCCAGAUGCAUGCGUUUACGUAUGACGAGCCUAUCAAGGUGGAGAGCGUCGCUCAGGCGGUGUGUGACUUGGCGUUGAGGUUCGGGGAGAGCGUGGAUGAUGACGAGGCCAUGAUGUCUCGACCGUUUGGUGUAGCACUUCUGAUAGCUGGUGUAGACGAGUUCGGACCUUCGCUCUUCCACACGGAUCCGUCGGGAACGUUCACUCGAUACGACGCUAAAGCCAUCGGGAGUGGGAGCGAUGCCGCGCAGACUUCGCUACAGGACGCUUACAACAAGAACAUGACGCUCGACGAGGCUCAUAGGCUAGCGCUCAAGAUCUUGAAGGAAGUCAUGGAGGAAAAAGUGGACGAGAACAAUAUCCAGCUCGCCCAGGUCGUACGGGCAGAAGGGAGCAAGGAGGCCAAGUUUGAGAUUCUCUCCGGCGAGGCUACCAAGCAGCUCAUCGCCGCCAUGUAGAGGAUGACGAACGAUUUGUUUUACAUGUGUCAUGUUCGGUUUCCUACGUCUUCUGUCAUUUUAGUUCUUCAUGUGAUACGACCAUGCACGAUCA